UAUUUCGUUUACGUCUUCAGUGCAUAAAAAUGGCAGAGUCGGAGGAGGAGGUGGAUGUCUUGGUCCAGAGAGUUGUGAAAGAUAUCAAUAACGCUUUCAAGAGAAACCCCAAUAUUGAUGAGAUCGGUCUCAUCCCGUGUCCAGAGGCCAGGUAUAACCGCAGUCCCAUCGUGCUAGUGGAGAACAAGCUGGGUGUGGAGAGCUGGUGUGUCAAGUUCCUGCUCCCAUACGUCCACAAUAAGCUACUGCUUUACAGGCAGCGCAAACAGUGGCUGGACAGGGAAGCUCUGGUGGACAUCACAUGCACUUUGCUGCUGCUCAACCCAGACUUUACCACAGCUUGGAAUGUCAGGAAGGAGCUGCUUCAAUGCGGAGCCCUGAGUCCUCAAAAAGACCUCUACCUUGGGAAACUGGCCCUGACCAAGUUCCCCAAAAGUCCUGAGACAUGGAUACACAGGCGCUGGGUUCUAAAGCAGGUUCUACGGGAGUGUUUUCCCCCCGAACCAGACAGGAAGGAGCAGGUGGGCGGUGAUCGGUGCAACGCGGUGGAGAGGUUGCGGCUGGGCGAGCACCUCCACAGGGUCCUUCACGAUGAGAUAAAGGUGUGCGCCAACGCCGCAGGCCGUUACCCCAGCAACUACAAUGCCUGGUCGCAUCGUAUCUGGGUCGUGCAGCACAUGGCCCAGGACAACCUCAAGGUCCUCCAUGACGAGCUCUCCUCCAUGCGCCAGUGGGUCUCCAUGCACGUGUCAGACCACAGUGGCUUCCACUACCGCCAGUUCCUCCUUAAGUGUCUGGUCGGGGCGCUCAGCUUGUCCCCGUCAUCCUCUCCUCAGACCGACGCUCGUGGGCUCAGCCUGGACUGCCAGCGCCGCCUCCCCCAGCAGGUUAACGGGGAGGCCACAGCAGCGGGCUCCUGCCCACGUUCGCCAGAGGAGCAGCCCUUGGUGCCGGCUGUGCUUUUCCUGUUUCAGCAGGAGAUGGAGCUGUGCACUGACCUCAUCCAGUCAUUCCCCGGACAUGAGGCACUCUGGUGCCACAGGCGCCACGUCUUUUACCUCUGGCAUCACUGGAGGAGGGACCAUGACCACCACAACGGCAAGGGCUGCCAGUCUCCCCAGCUGAACCACACAGACGCUGGGCUGAUCUGUCACCCCCGUGUAGCCUCCCCUGGAGCGGUGCGUCUGGACCGUGCUGAUAGCAGGAAUGGACCGGCUUGUGAGAGUCAAGACGCCAUGGAGGUGGACGGGGUCCCGGACCCCCGGGAUAUCAAGCGUCUCAAAAGGUGUCUACCAGGUCCCCCCGUCCUUCCCUCUGAACACGGCUUUGUAGCCAGCAUCCUGGACGGCUGCCGGUCUCCGGAGCAGGGACGAUUUGCCCUUGCGUACAGGAAGUGGUUGGACUCUGUGAUUGGUCAGUGAUUGGCAGAAAUGGUCAUUGGUCAAUGGCACAGAUUUAAGAUCACCUUACCCUCACCUGACCUUUAACCUUAACCAUUAGGGCAGCAACUGUGUAAACAGCGUCUCCAGUUCAGCAUAUAGUGGCUUGUAAGUUCCUUCUUGUCUUGAAGGCUUGGGAAUGGGGCUGGGGAUCUCUGAUAAGUAAAGGUUUUUGGCCCUGCCCACCCUACUGGCGUACUGGAGAUGCCUGGACUCUUAUUUGUCUUGUCAGCAGAGCUUUGUCUGAGCCAGUCCAUUUUCAGAAUGGUAUUGUGAGUAUGGCUCCGCUCUGAAAGGCGGGCUUGUUAUGGCCUGAGUGUGUCUGUUAGUCGCUUCUGCUUAUGUUUAGGUUCCUCAAUACCUCAGUUCUCUCUCAAUGUGCGGGAGCAGAGCACCAAAUAUUUUUUUUCUCCACAAAAUCCAUUUAUCCCGUUUCUUUUGUCUUCCACUAGCUAAUGGAUUGUAGCAAAAUCACUUGAGUGAAACUGCCAUGGUUACUGAAGAUUUAUAUAUCACUUACCAUGUUGUUCUUUAGUCAACUCUGCAGAAUUAAACAACUGGGGAGAUGAGUGGUGCAGCAAAGAAUUGUCAUCGUCAAAAAAACUGGGAACGGAAACUAGGGAAGCAAUUAUCUGCCGAACGCGGUGUAUUGUGCAUCUCUGUGGACAAAUGAAACACUUUCAGACAGAACACUUGCAAAACUGUGAAAUUCAUGCUUUAGCUCUCUGCGAAAUGAAAGUGAUAGAAUGUCAGCCUUUCUCAAGGAAAGGAGAGCUAAUCAAAAACUAGCAGGGAUAAUCAA